AUGGCAAUGGAACGGCUCAGAAAGUCACUACUUGUAAUAGCCUGCCUGACUACAGUUCUUUUUAUAUGGAGAGGACAGAUUGCCGGGAACCCCGAAAACUGUAUAUGCACUGAGAUGGUUGCAGUCGAAUCGCCAUCGGUAUUGACGAAAUCGUCGCUUAAUGAACAAAUUGGGGACAGCAGUGAUACUUAUCUCCUAGAAAAAUCAGUAAUGGCAACUGACAUUUUAGAGAAUGUGGGGGAUAUUUGGGAUGCAAGUGUCGACAAAGAAGCCUACUUGCGUGCCAAGUAUGAUAAUUUUUGCUAUAAACCAGAAGAACCUUACUUCAAGCAUGUACAACCACUUGAGAGAAGUAAACUAAAACAACGUGGAUGCCGAAAAAAGCUGCCACAAAUUAUCAUGCCUGGAGCAAGGAAAUGUGGCACGGGAGCUCUACUGAGAUUUUUGAAAAUUCAUCCUAAUAUAACAGGAGCACCGGAAGAACCACACUUUUUUGAUCAGAGAAGAGCAAACCUAACCACGUCAGAUUACAGUGAGAAAAUGCCAUACAGCACUGAUUCCCAGUUGGUCAUAGAGAAGACGCCCACAUAUUUCUACCGUCCUCACAACACCCCGCAGUUGAUCAAAGAUGAAAUCUCUUCUGAUACAAAGAUUAUUAUUGUGUUGUGUGACCCAGUUAGAAGGGCCGUAUCGGACUACUUGGAAUUUAUUUGGCGGGAAAAACGGAGAUCUGAGAAGCACGUCGUCGGGAAGAAGUUGGACAGCUUUGAACAUUUGGUGUGGGAUCACGCAACAAUACGAGGUGGGAUUAACCAAUUAAACGAAAUGAUCGAUGUAGGAAUUUACGCUAAGCACCUUAUAAGAUGGUUUGACGUCUUCAGUCGAGACCAGAUUUUGCUUUUAGAUGGAACGUUGCUUUUGACGGAUCCUCUAUCAGAACUGAAAACAGUGGAAAGAUUUCUGGGCCUGAGAAGUUUCUUUCAAAAAGACCACUUUUCGAUGAAUGAAGAACGAGGCAUAUUUUGCAUGGAUUUCCCCAGUGAGUACUGCUUACCCGGAUGUAAGGGGCGCAAGCACCCACACGUGGAUGACAAAGUAUGGGCUUCACUGUGUGACUUUUAUGCACCAUACGACAGAUCCCUUGAACAAAUGACAGGAAAACAUUUCUCAUGGGUUGGUAAAUGUGCCAGUCAAGACCAAUGACUCUCAAUAACGUUGACAUUUAUUUGCAUAUUCCCAACCAACCCUCAAAUAGUAU